AUGUCAGAAAUAUAUCUCAAGAAUACGGUAUCCCAGAAUUCGUUCAAAAAUUUGUACUUCAAUUUUAGUAAUAGUGUCACACGGGUACCAUUCAUUAAGGAUAAUAUACCAUCGUCAUUUAUUUUUAAGUUCCUACUUUCCGGAUAUCCGCCAAUGAGUUCUCCCUUUACAUUCCCACCAUCAGUAUCAUUUCCCAUGGAAAGAUUCAAAUUUUUCAUUCCACCAUCUUAUAUUUUUCCGCCACCAUUUCCACCUCAUUAUUUUGGUAAUACGCUUUUUAGACCAAUGCAAUUUCCACAUUUUAAUGCUUUGAAUAUUCAUGAUAGAGAAUAUAAGAAAAGAAAUCAAGAUGGAUUAGACCAAAGAGGAGGGGAUGCAAAACGAGGACAUUUCAAGUCUUUCAAACCUUUGACACCGUCUCCAACCUUACAAUGUCCAUCAUGCAAAAACAUUUACCUGAAUCCGACCGAUUUGAUGAUUCAUAUGGCAUGGCAUCAACAACAACCACAGUUGCAAUCUGUUGCAUGCAGUAGCAGCAAUAUCGAUGCAAGUAGCAGUAGCAGUAGUACCAGUAUUACUAAUAGGAGUAAUACUAAAAGAAGUAGUACUCGUCGAAAAAAAACCGAAUCCGGUUUAAUUAGUGCUAGAAGCGGAAAUUCUGCAGGAUUAUCACAUGUUAGCACUUGCAAAUGUUCUGUAUGUGGGAAAACAUUCACAAGGCAUUGGCUUCUUCAAGGACAUAUGAGAACACACACUGGUGAAAAACCAUUUCAAUGCCCGGUAUGUACUAAAGCAUUUGCGGAUAAAAGUAAUCUACGCGCUCAUGUGCAAACGCAUAGUGGUGUCAAACCGUAUAUCUGUCAGCGUUGUGGAAAAGGUUUCGCAUUAAAAAGUUACUUAUCAAAGCAUGAAGAAUCGACGUGUAUACGAUCUGUCAUUAAACCAAGGAGAAAUUCCUAG